AUGAAGGCGCUGCACGUCAUAGGAGACAGCGCGAAUUUCACGAACGGCGAGCUUGGCGCGUUCGUAGAGGCCGCGGGCAAGCUGGAGUUCCUGCUCGUGCAGGACGUGUUCCCCAACGAACUGACGGAGAUUGCGGAUGUCGUGCUGCCCUCGAUGACAUUCGCGGACAGGGACGGCACAUACACGAACAUCGAACGGCGAGUGCAGCUUCUCAGGACCGCGCUCGGUCCCAAAGGCGACGAAGAUGCGGAUUGGCGCAUUCUCUGCCAGAUUGCCAGGCGCAUAGGCGCAGAGGGCUUCGACUUCCCAGGCGCUGAGGCGGUAUUCGACGAGUUCACCGCUCUGUCGGAGCCUUAUGGGGGCAUCACCUAUCAGAGACUUCAGAGGGAAACGCUGCAAUGGCCCUGUCCCGCUGCCGACAUGCCCAGUACGCCCGUCCUGUACGCCGAAUACCUGGAGAGCCACAAGAUAGCCUUGUCGCCGAUGACAUUCGUCGAGCCGCCCGCUCACAGCGAUGACGAGCGCCCGUUUGUGCUUGCGCGUGGGCGUGUGCUUAACCAGCCUGAGCGCCAACUAGGUAUCCAGGAGGUCAGAGGGCGCAACCUGAUCGAGCGCGACGACAUCGUUGAUGUGCAUCCGGAGGACGCAACUGCGCUGGGCAUCAGUGAGGGCGACGAGGUUCAUGUGAUGUAUGAGGGCGGCGGAUUCUACGCGAAGGCCGGACUGAGCGGGACGCAGCGCGGGAUGCUGUCGGUCACCUCUCUGUUCGGACAGAUGAUAACGAAUAUCGAACGAGACCGCUCACCCGACCCGAUGCUGAAAAUCGACGGACUGCCGCUUGUGGCGGCGAGUAUCGUCAAGGUUGCGGUGGGAGCGGCGGCCGACUGAAGUGCGCUAGAAUGGAUUUAGGGGAUGGGAAUGAAUUUGCCCUCACCCUAACCCUCUCCCAGGGGGAGAGGGGACUUUCACCCCUUUAAAACCUUCCGCCAUCAAAGGGGAAAGGGACAGACUAAAAAGGUAGUGGACUGGAGGAUGUGUUCCGUUGACAACAGCAAGGAGGGCACGCUUAAGGCCGAGGCUGGCUGA